ACUGUUCAAAAAUUGAAAUUUAAGCAGCGUGGGUUGCAGCAGCAUACCCCCUACCUAAUCCCACGGUUUUUGCGCUGGACGGGGUCCUGACUCCUGAGAGGUAGGUGCGGAAGAACGAAGCGCGGAUUGGCUCCUCUAUUGUCGAUUAAAGAAAAAUUCGGUAUCCGGAUUCCGAUCGCUAUCAGAUUCCGACCCUCCGCUCUCGACCACCCGAAUCCUCCGCUCUGGGAAGAAGAAGGGAGACUAAAACAGAGAGAGAGACAGAGUGAGAGGGUGCGGUCGACGCAGCAUAGCAAUGGGUGCGAUAAAGGCGGCGAUCGGCGAUGCCGUGAUAACUUUCUCGUGGGUGUUCUGCGUGUCGACGGUGGGGGCGCUCACCGCCGCCAUCACCGCAUAUCUGCAGGUGCAGGGCGUGGCCCUGUCCCUCGCCGUCACCCUCACCCUCAUCUCCCUGCUCCUCUUCGUCUUCAACAUCAUCUCCGACGCCGUCGGCGGCGCCAGCUUCAACCCCACCGGCACCGCCGCCUUCUACGCCGCCGGCCUCGGCUCCGACAACCUCUUCUCCAUGGCCCUCCGUUUCCCCGCCCAGGCCGCUGGGGCCGUGGGCGGCGCGAUGGCCAUCGUGGAGUUGAUGCCGCCUCAGUACAAGCACAUGCUCGGUGGGCCCUCGCUCAAGGUGGACCCGCACACCGGGGCCGUCGCCGAGGGAGUCCUCACCUUCACCAUCACCUUCGCGGUUCUCUGGAUCCUCCUCAAGGGCCCUCGUAAUCCCAUCCUGAAGACUUGGAUGCUUGCCGUCUCCACAGUCGCAUUGGUUAUCGCCGGCGCUAGUUAUACUGGCCCGUCCAUGAACCCCGCCAACGCAUUUGGCUGGGCAUAUGUCAACAAUCGUCACUAUACAUGGGAACAAUUUUAUGUGUACUGGAUAUGUCCUUUCGUUGGUGCCAUUCUUGCUGCUUGGGUCUUUAGGCUUAUAUUCCCGCCUGCGGUCAAGGUUAAAAAAGCAUGAAACUGGGUGUAGUAUGCAAUGCACUUGAUCUGUCAUGCUUUAGAAUGUAAUAAGCUGGUUAGACAAUAUUGUGUCGGAAAAUCAGUAAUUGGCUAAUUGCGAUGUCCAUAAUUACAGUCAACUGCUUAAUUUUAUGCCUUUGACUAGGUUCGUUUCAAGGAAUGAAUAGUUCAGUUAUUUCUCUAGUUAUCACUUUUUUGGUUACUGUGACAAAUAAUAUGAAACACAGGUUCACAGUUUCAUUAA